CAGCCUUCUGCACAGAAUUAACUCAAUGUGGCACCCAUCUCAUUCCCAGUGUUACAAUAUUUCGUUGCUAAAGUCUUGUGUGGUUUGGCAACUCCUACCUUUUAUUGUCCUUUCUGUUCAAAGAAAGAGGGUGGGUAGAUCUAUAAAGGCUUGCAGUGGAGGAGUGUCAGAUUGCAUGGUAAUAUUCCUCAGUACUUCCCAGUGCAAGGAGUGGCUGACAGUCCGGGACUGGUUUGUUUGCCUCUGGAAGCUGUGGUGACCAGCAGAGGAACUUUCAGGACUCUCCUAUAUCUCCAGCCUGCAGCUACCCAGGAGAAAAAAGAUGCAGUGAAAUGGUGAAUUCUCCAGAUUUCUAAUAUUAAUCGGCAUUGACUGUCGCUUCAGGGUGGAGUUAAAGCCAUGGUUCAAUUUGCAGGAUGAUGUGGGAUUAAUGUGAGUCAGCCAGCCUGCACUGCCAUUCCCUGCUCCGGGAGAUGUGGGCCUGGUCUCUCCAGGUGUUAUGACAUUGCCUUGUUCAGAAGCUGCUGCAGAUUGUGGCUGGGCAGGUUGAGUUGGAUCCUGGGCCAUACUCUCUCUGUGUUUUACUGAAGGCAGCAGCAGCAGCAGCAGCAUGAGCUGUCAAGCAAGACAGGAAUUGUGUAGCGACUGUUGAAAUACUUUCUGGCUGAGAAAAUGCUGCGUGGUUUCGCUGUGGUGCGGGAUUGAAGUUAAUGUUUCCAGAAAGCUCUUCGAUGUGGAAACUGUUGGGAGUUACAGCUCGCCUUUAGUUUGGGAGAGAGUUACCGACAGGGAGUGAAUCCCGUUCAGCGUCAACUCCAGCGGCUCAGGGAUCAGGCUCCGGGAUCGGGGACUGGGAUCAAGGGGGCGGCUCCAGGAGCGUUGUGACCGCUCGGCCAGUCUGAUGGAUGACCCCUCGGAGUCGGAGUCGGAGGCGACUAUACAAAGGAAGAGAAAGUCCAAGCCGGGCUCUCUGCGGCGGGCUCUGAGCUGGCUCCGGCUGUCCGGGAGGAAGAAAAAGAAAUCUAAGAGUGAGGGAGAUAAAGCCGGAGCGAAACUGAGAAGUGAUUCCCAAAGUUCAGUUGCCUCAGAAGUGGAUGAUGAGAGUAAAUGGGCCGUGCAUUACAAGCCAGCGCAGUAUGAACAUCAACAGGAAAAUGUCUUCAUCCCAUCCACCCGACCACCACACAUAGAGGAUCUGCACAAAGAAGCUGAACUUGGCCUCAAAUCUCUCCAGGAACAAGGAAAUCUGGCUGGAUGUUCCCAGCAGCAGAUUGGAAAUGGCUGUGGUUAUGCAGAAGACACCAGCCAGCAUGAUGGUGAUGAUGUGUCCCAUGGUGAGAAGUCUGGAUCAUGUGCACCCAAUGACGAGGUUUGGGCCAAAACCAGGUCACUUCCACCACCAACCCCUGAUGAGAUCCGAAAGGAUUCACUGUCGCCUCGGUCAGGAGUCAUCCCAACUGGAACAACCUUUAAACCUCCACAGAAGCUUCAGUCAUCUUUUAAAGGCCCCAAGCUGAAAGAGAAGAGAAUUCGAAGAACCACAAUCAUGGGACUCCCACAGCAUGUUCAACAGGAACUAGGGUUUGGAAAGGGAUCCCAUGCCUCCAUCCGUGCUGUGAAGGUGCCUGGUGAUGACAGUGCUGGCAUUGUCUCAGAAUCCAGGGGAGAGGGAAAUCAUUGCUUCAAUAUAGUCCCACACUCGAGAGCAAGGGGCUCUUUGCGGUCUGUAACCUUUACAGAUUCAUCACAGGGAGUUACUGAAUCAAUAAGCACUUUAGAAAUUCAUGACCAACAGAACUGGGGACUGAUAGAUUUUUCCCAAAGACCAAAGUCAUUAGCCGUUCCAAAAUCAUCCCCAUCAAGUGAACUUCGAAACCCAGUUAUGUCCAUGUCACCUCAGGCAACGUACUUAUCCAAGAUAAUUCCCAAUGCAAUACUGCCUUCUGCGGUGGAUGUUGUGAUGAUCAACACCAGUCAGAAUUGCCUGCGCACUGUCAGCAGGGACAGCUUAAUAUUCGCCCCAUCUCCUGCCUGUUCCCGAUCCAUCUCCCUGCAGAAUUAUGAUGGCAGGGAUUAUGCUUCGAGUGAUGCGUGGAGCCAAUCUCAAUCUUCAGAAACCAUAGUGUCAAACAAUUCCACUAUCUCAUCACAGGGAAAUGUCCGGAAUCAUUCUGCGGAAAAGGUCAGAGAGAAAUCAUGCGAUGAACACAAUCUAACUAAUUCUGUUCCAGAUUUUCGUGCAGAUACCAAUAGGUGGGUUAAUGCAUGUUCUGCACAGAAUGUUUCAGAAACCACUGAGGAUACCCCUGCACACAAUACCUCCAACUAUCAAACUGAUGAACUGAAAAGUAAUGGUUUUGACAACCAACCACUAUCUCCUGCAGAAAGCACCAGUAGUAUUGUUGAUGCAUCGGAUACACAGAGUGUAACAAGUGAGCGAUCAAUCUCGAGAAGCCUGUCCGUUAGGAAAAUGAAAAAGGCACCAGUUCCUCCGAGAAGAAUCCAUUCCUUACAGCAGAAGGAGGAGGAGCUGAACUCCAAACUUAAAGAUGAAAGUUGUGUGUCACCUGAGGAAGAUGAUGUGUUUUCACCUGGACUCAGUGAAAUCAAUCGCAUCAAACCUGAACCCUGUGUGGAUUCUCCCUUCGCUGCUGCUAACCCUCCAGCUCAUCAUAUCUCAGUGACAGCUGAAAGCCGGAUAGAAGAAAUGUCAAAAGGAAAGAGUAACAUUCCUCCGGGAAGUACAAACUCACCCGACAAAUCCGAGCGAACCAUGUCACCAUCAAGUGGAUACUCGAGUCAGAGUGGGACCCCCACUAUGGGCAAGGAUUCCACAUCUCCCUCCCCUCCUGCAGGAAGGUCCAAACCUGAGAGAUCCACUUCUCUGCUUUCUCCAGAAGAGUCACUCUCCUCCUCUUCAGCAUCGAUAUCAUCCUCCAUUUCUGAACGGGUUGACUUCUUUUCAAUCCCUCCUCCACCAUCGUCACCUGCUCCACCCCCACCCACUGUAAAAAUUGCAAAAUUGCCACCAUCUCUGUUAUACUCCUGGGGACCAGCAUCGAUCCCUCCACCUCCAGCAGGACCAGCACCAUCACCUCCCACACGGAAACCUUCCUUCCUCUUCCCUGCAACUGCCCAUACUGCUCCUGUUACCAAGACAACAUCCAAUCAGGCUCCGCCGGUCACCAUGACAACAUCCAAUCAGGCUCCACACGUCACCAUGGUAACAUCUAAUCGGGCUUCACCUGUCACCAUGGCAGCGUCCACACAGGCUUCACCAGUCACUGUGGCAACAUCCAAUCAGGCUCCGCCGGUCACCACGACAACAUCCAAUCAGACUCCACACGUCACCAUGGUAACAUCUAAUCGGGCUUCACCUGUCACCAUGGCAGCGUCCACACAGGCUUCACCAGUCACUAUGGCAACAUCCAAUCAGGCUCCGCCGGUCACCACGGCAACACCUAAUCAGGCUUCACCGGUCACCACGGCAACAUCCAAACAGGCUCUGCAGGUCACUAUGCCAGCACCUAAUCAGGCUUUACCAGUCACCACGGCAACGUCCACUCAGGCUUCACCAGUAACCACGGCAACGUCCACUCAGGCUUCACCAGUAACCACGGCAAUGUCCACUCAGGCUUCACCGGUCACCACGGCAGUGACCAAUCAGGCUUCACCGGUCACCACGGCAAUAUCCAAUCAGGCUGUGCUGAUCACUGCAACCAUGCCCUCAUCGAUCACUACAUCGGUAUCCAAUCAAGCCCCAUCGGUCACUGCGGCCACAGCUGCUCAGGCCUCUCCAGUCACUGGGACGUUUCCUGUGGCUGUCCUCUCUUCAGCCUCUGAAGCUGUGCAUGCUUCAUCUAACCCUGUGGACACAUCCAUCUCAUCAGCACCUCCUACUGGACAACAGGAAAUCAUUCCAGUCGCAACAGAGCGCCUUUCACCCCCACCAUCACCCCCACCAUCCCAUCACCCUCCACCACCACCAAAGAAAGGAACAACAACUGGGACAUCCUCACCCCCAUCUUCCUCCUCUAUUUUAGAGCCCAAAAGGCUGUCAGGAUUUGAUUGGCCUCCCCCUCCUCCUCCUUUGACCCUGUCUGCCUUUCCACCCUCAACUGAGCCAUUGUCUAUGCCUGAGAAUGCUAAUGUUACCCAUCAGGAUGGGCAGGAGGCUGACUUCCUGUUUCCACCCCCCCCGCCUCCUUCCCUCCUGACAAUCUCCGUGCAAGAGAAGAGAUUUUCUGCGCAAGAUUUACAGUCAGUGUCUCCAACCCCUCCCUCUCCAAUACCCCUUGACAAAUCAUUGGAGAACACGAUCCCAGGGCAACCUGCGUCGCAACCUCUUCCACCUCCACUUCCUAUAGAAACCAACCAGUCACCUGGGCCAAAGCCCUCUGCUUCACCUGCAGCCGUAUCAAUGUCAAACCAUCUUCAACAGAAGCCCUUUGUUCUCCCAGGAACCCUGCCUGCAGAUUCUCACUUUUCAAAAGUAAUAACUCCAAAACCAAAGAUGUCCAGUCAGGAUUCUGAAAAUAAAUUGAAUGUUCAGUCUUCGCCUAAUCAAAAUGGCAGCGAUCAAGGUGGGAAACCAAUUGUCACACCAUCUCUCUUACAGAUGGUACGGUUACGUUCUGUCCAGAUGAAUACGUACACGCCUGGAGGGCUGGACAGCCAGCAUCAAGUAACCAAAAUCCAACCUGAUUUGAAACCACCUGCCAAAACUAACGUGACUGCACCAAGCAAACCUGCUCGCAAGUCUCUAACACACCGUUUAUCUUCCUCUUCCGAUUCUGAAUCUUCAAUCAAACCUAACAGUUCUCACUCUGGAAAGAAACUGACAGCUGGUGAAGUUCACGGACAGAGUACAUUUAAACCCCCUGAUGGUGGGGCUCCGCAGAAAUCACCUGCCUCAACAGCGAGCUUCGUUCUUUCUAAAAAUGUAAGUCCCAAGAAGCUGAUCUUUGAAACUCCUCGCUCCCCAGAGGCAGAAGCUGAAGUGAAGAGGAACUUUGUGGCUGAGCUCAACUCUGUCUCUGAACGAAUAGCCUCAAAGAGUGAAUCCAAAGGUUCGACAGAUGCACAGAGUAAAGCAGUUUCAGAAACCGUUUCUGCACAGAGAAAACCCGGCAGAAUUCCCCCACCUGUUGCCAAAAAGCCUUUGUUUUUACCAAAUGCACACCGACCCCACGUCGCAUCAUCUAAUGUAACAGAAACUCCACCAGCGCAGGAAAUGUCUGGUUCCCAUGAAACUACAAGUGACACCAAGGACGAGAAAGGGAAGCUGGAAGCUGGAAAUGGACAGCUGGCCCUGCAAGAGUAACUGAAGAAUUUGGGCGUCAAACCUCAGAGUUCACUGCGCUCAAAGUCAAUCUCCAUGCCUUGGAAGACAGAAAUAAUCCAAAAUGAGCAAUUCUUCAGAAAAGCUUUUCUGCUGAAACGUAAUGGCCUUGUUUAUGCAAAACUAAGAAAACAUUUGCCUGGAGUGCUGCACCUUUUACUUUAUACUGUAACUGAAUUCCAUGAAAGCAGAAGACAGAAAAGUGUCGCUGUGCUAAUUACAGUCAGAGAUCAGAGGUAUCUCAGACGAGCGAGGAUAAUUUUUGUUAGUCAUUCUGGAUUGUGCAAUUGCAACACCACCACCUGACUCAAUGCUGUGGUUUCUAUGGCAACAAGAUGCAUGUUAAAGGAGGUGGUUUAAGACUUUUUAAAUUUGUCAAUGAGGAUAUAAUGUUUCCCUGUCUAAAUAACUACAUUUUAAAAAGAAUCAGGAGGAAGCACACUUAUCGUAUAAAAUGAGGGGAUUUGGGGUUACUUUAUCGGUGAAUCAAUACCAGCAAUUACUUAGAAAUUUAUUCUCUUUUGUUAACUUAUAAGGCAGAAUGACUAUUAAUAACUUGAAGCCAAAAAAAGUCCUCUAUCAAAAAUCAGAGACUGUCUUUCCAGUGAUCUCCCUAAAGAAGUCACUUGCUGUGGUUCAGCUUGUGGUUUUGAAAUUGUAAAUAAAUUAUAAUACCACUAUCCUGCUAAUGACAGCAGCUACAUACAGGCCAUAAUGUGGCUUUCACAAGUUGCCUAUCUUUUGGUAUUUUGUCCCCUCCCUCAUUCUUUUGUUAUUAUGAAGGUGAUGUUGGAUUUCUAACCUGAGUCUCUUCAGUGUGCAAAGACAGGGGUUGAUUUUGGGCACUGAUUUCCUUUUAUCUUAGAAUGUGGCAUUAUCUGGAGCCAAUGGCAGAAAGCUGCAACUUCCAGGUUUCAAAAUGCCUCAUUCUCCAGCUCCCAACCUAACCUGAGUUCAGUCUUAUUGGAGCACUGCAAUACAGUCAGUUCAUUGGGUAAUGAUGCUAUAUUCUCUGAAGCCAACUGAGGUCUGGUUCAAGGACAGUCACUGAAUUGAAGGUUCUUUGUAAUUGUCACUGGAUUAUAACACCUCAUGCGUUCUGUAUUUGAGAAAUGAUAGAAAGGCUAAGAUGAAGAUUUGGACCCAAGGCUAGAUUGCUGGUAGCUGAGAAAGGAGCUUUGAUAUAUAUUUAUAAAGUGCAAGUUCUUUUUUUUUAAAAAAAAGCCUUGAAUUGUCUGAUUCUUGAUAAUUAAUUGGUAAAUCCAAAUCAAUCAAUAUCAGGGGCUCUUAAAUUCUUGAAAUUGGUACACUUAUCACAAGUAAAUGAAAAUGAUGAAUAAAAAAAGCUAAUUUCUCCAGUCUCUAAUGAAGAGACUGUCAUUCCACUUUCACUGAUUUUUUUUUGUAUGAAUUCUAUUUUCACUGGAUGUAGGGUUUAUUUAAGUUUUGUUGAAAUAAAUGUUGGCACUAAUUUUAUUUCUGUAGUCUUAUGAGAGCACUGAAUUACCUUCAAUCUAGUCAAAUACAAAUGGACAAUAUGGUUUUUUUUCAGUCAUUUCAAAGCUUUCUGUAAACUCUGCAGUUAAUGUGUCUUCUGUGUAAUCAAGUUUUUCUUAAAUCUUGUUUUUAGCAAGUGAAUACAUAAUGAUACAAUAUCAUCAACAAUCGUCUUCCUGUAGAGUGAAACGUUUAAUUCUGUUCACCUUCAUUUAAGUGAUGCAGCUAGUAUUUGAGGACGCUCCUGUUAUAACAUCUGCACUGGCUUUGUGAGCUCUGUUUCAGUAAAGGAGGGUUCUUCCUCAGAGCCAAGGGGAGAAGGGAAAACAUUCAUCAAAGAUGUUGCUUUACACUUCCCUGUUUUCCCUUUACAAACAUGCAUUGGCCAGCUUUGGAACAGAAGCUUUGUAUUCAAUCUUUAAAUGAGCUGUCUGGAAACUUUGCACAUUUCAAAUAUUGCACUCCUCUCUUGUUUGCAGUUUCCCUCCUCCACUUGUUUAUUGGAGAAACCCACCUAUAUACCAUUAUCUACAAGUGUAAAACAGGCAACUAAGGACUUGGUCAUGACUUGUCUUUCAUGAAUCUUUGAGUUUAAUUUUGAGGAUGGUCACUUGCUGGAUUUUCAUGAUGACCAUCCCCUCUAAAAGCAGAGGCUUGUGGUGCUGCCUGAGAGCUGCAUGAUUAAAAUGAUUUGUUUUCUAGAUGUUGGUAGUUCUGUUGGUAAGUGAACAGCUUAUAUUAUACACUGAAAAAUUAGUAAUAAUAACUAUUAAUAAUAAUAAAAGAUUAAACCAAAAUUUCAGUGGGCAUUUAUAACAACUACCCUGUUGGAUUUCAGAAAAAUAAAUUGCACCAGCCCUCCUUUAGCAAUAAUGGCACCAUUCUGUUGAUUGUCCCACAUCCAAAUCCUUUCAGUUGGCAUUCCUAUCCUUAUCUUAGAUUAAUGUGCAGCUACUUUGUCACCCCAGUGGGACAUAUAACUGUGUGCUUUGCAGUUCCUAUUGCAAACCAGAGAACUGUUUGGAAACAAAGUAUUCAUCAUUAUUUAAACAUUAACACUCAAUGGAACAGAAUCCACUCACUGCCAAAUUUCACCUGGAAAUAUAAUUGUUUUUCUGUACAAGUUGUUAACAGUUGUCAUAUUCAACAAUUGAUUGAUCAUUUUAAAUGGAUAUGGCCACAGGGAAAAUUCUGAACUUGGCAGGUUUCAGUUCUAUUAAAUGAUGGCUAUGUCUGUGAAACUAUUUGAUCAUUGAGGGUGAUUGUUCUUGCAGAGAAAUGCUAAGGGUAUUUUAGAAUUAGCCCAACUUUUUAUCUUUUGAGCUACACAUAAUCAAAGAACCUGAUUUUUAUUAUUGGCCCUUAAAUAGGCCCCUCACUUGCUGGAAGCAUCAGUUAUUUGAAAAUAAAUCUUUAAAAAGCACACUUGGAAACAAGUAUAUUCUAAAGAGACAAUAUUUGGCUUGCACAAAUUAAUUUAAAAUUGUGAUCAUGUUCUUCAAUAUAAAUGUACAUUUUAUAAAGCAGAUGGAGUGGGGUCAAAUAGCUGAAGCCAAAUUAUUUGUGUGUUUAUUCCCAAGCUGUUUACAGGCCAAAUGGUCAUUUGAAGUUCUGGGGUACAGAGGAUGGGGGUGGCAAUGACAACAUCUAUUUUUUGUCCAUAUUACUAUGCUCUCUAUUUGAUGUUUAAUUCCACAAUUUCUCAGGGUGCACUUAGAUGUUCAAACUCACUUCCACAAUCCUAAAUCUAUGCAGCAUUAAAUCUCUUCAAAGAUAUUGUAUCGCUUUCCAGAAUUGUUAAUUCAUUGUGAACCAUUUGUUUCCUGCACAAGAAUCCAAUCCCUUUUCACUGGAUAUCUUCCUAGGACCUUACCACAUGCUUCAUAUGAUACAGGACGCACUGUGGCUGUGGAAGUUCUACUGAGUUCUGAAAAAUUCCCAAGUUCCCAGCACCCUAAGUGCCAGUAAAUGAUGAGACUGCUUCACAAUGAACAAACAGUCAGUAUUCAUCAGGUUUCUAAAAUUUGAAUCUUUGUACUAGUGGGGCUUCCCAAUUUUCUGCUGUAACCGGGCACAUAGGAAGGGUUCCAUGGGUGUAUAUAACAAUGUAAAUGUUAAAAGUUGUUUGUUCUUUGUUUUACUUUCUGCACUGGCCAGGAAUUGCAAUUGUAGUUUUAAUCUUGAAUUCAAUUUCUCAGAAAAAAAGGGAUGAGUGAGCUGAUAGAUGAAUUAAAAACCAAAUUGUAAACUCAAGUGACAACCCUCAUAGGUGGCUUUAAGCAGCAGGGUGAGCUGUAUCCCACCAGCCAAAGGCCCAGUAAAGGAAACCCUGAGGUUGUGACAUUCAUGAAGCCAAACCAAAGGAAUUGUAUCUUUUAAACAGGAGGUUAUCGUGAAUGCCAUAAUUGGAAUGUUCAGGACCCUUUGAACUGUAAGUCACAAGCUCCUAUUGAUUGGACCACUUCAAAGUAUCUUGAUUAUUUGUUGCAUUAAUGAUCAGGAAUAAGCUGAAUGUUUGUUCUCUUUGUAGAUAACCAUGUUAUCAUAAUGAUUUAAUUCAAAUAGAGACCCUGUGGCCCAGCUCCUUCAUUCCUUCUUCUGACAUGUGUAUCUGUACUGCCAAUUUUCUGAAUCCUCACUGCAGUGUGAAUGCAAAGGAAUGAGAAUUUACUGCACAAUGUAUGUUUGACAUUACAUUUAUAUUGCAGCAUAGUUGGUCAUUAACAUGGGCUAUGGCCUUAAUUAAUAUGAAUUUAAUCACUUAAGGGUAUAAACUAUGAUUUUCAAAGUUUUUAGGAAAAUAUUACUAGUGCAAUGAUAUAUAUAUAUAUAUAUAUAUUUCUUUACUGUUAAUAAAUUAGCAAAUGAAUUUUCAACUUGUCUCACUUUUGUGUUUCUAUUUGGAGUAAUUUUAAGAUGAAAAAUGGGACUGUUUGUCCUGACCAUGUACAGGAAUAGAACUGAGUAAAAUCUCUUUAGUUAAAUGCCAU